AUGUCACUGCGACGUUUGCUGCUCGGCGUGAUCCUCUCGCUUCUGCUCGGUGUCAUGGCCGUCAUCUUUAUCUUCAUCUACCGCGAGUACGGUAAAUACAGCAAAGAUCGACAGCUGGACCACUUUGCGCCGACCAACUUUGACAGCCAUCGAGAUCGGGUCACCGUCGUGCCCGGCUUCACCGAGACACUUGGAGUGGCGCACUACUCCGGUUACCUGGAGGCCCUGGACAGAGAUAAGCUUUUCUACUGGUUCUUUGAGUCGCAGUCGGCCAAUCCGGCCGGUGAUCCAGUCGUUCUCUGGCUCAACGGUGGUCCGGUUUUUAAUGAGCACUCAUCCACUCAUCUAGGCUGCAGCUCACUGUUUGGACUGUUUUCUGAGCUAGGGCCGAUUCGCGUCAACUUGAACGGCUCUCUCAGCAAGCACCCGUACUCGUGGAAUCAGAAGGCAAAUUUGCUCUUUCUCGAAUCACCCGCCGGAACGGGCUUCUCCUAUCGGCCAGGCACAAUCAAGUACCGUACCAAUGAUUUGGACACCGCCAAGGCAAACUUUGCAGCAGUGAGGAGCUUUUUUGCAAAGUUUCCCCAUCUACAGAAUAACGACUUUUACAUCACGGGCGAGUCAUACGCCGGCCGCUACAUUCCCGAGCUUGGCACUGAGGUGGUCCGGCGGAAGUACCCGCCCAACUUUAAGGGUAUCGCCGUGGGCAACGCCUACCUUGACCCGUACCUGGAGAAGAGCACCACGCUGAACUACAUUCUGCAGAACAAUCUGAAGGGCUUCACGCGCACGGUCAGUCUGAACGUGGACCUCCGGUCGAACAACACCAUCUACAAGUACCACAUUCGCAAGCAGUGCGUCGCCACCUAUCCCUCGCAGGUGGGCACCGUCGAUGAUGGGGUGGUCGUGCGGACGGUGCCCGUCGACCAGCUGCCGCCGUGCGGCAACGAGGUGGUCCUCACGGAGUACCUCAACCGAGCCGACGUCCAGGAGGCGAUUCACGUGCAGAAGGACAGCGGCGUCGGCAACUGGACCAUCUGCUCGUUGCUAAAGAGCGACUACAUGGACUACGAUGAGCAGGACAGCCAGGGGAAGAACAUGUCCGUCGAGGUGAAGUUUCUGGUUAACUCGGGCGUCAAGGUGAAGGAGGCUGUUAUUCUUAAUGCUAUUAUUAUUAUCUCAACUGUUCCAAUUGAUCAUCAGGUUAUCAUCUACAGCGGUGAUCAGGACAUUGUUUGCAAUUGGAUUGCAGCACAGCAGUGA